AUCUCCACUCCGAGUUUUCUCCACUCCGAGGCGCUUCGUGGGGAACGGGAGGCUAUGGAUCAUCGCGGGGUCACGAAGAUCAGCACCGGGACCACCAUCAUGGCCGUGGAGUUUGAUGGCGGAGUCGUCGUGGGCUCUGACUCCCGAGUUUCUGCAGGGCAGUCGGUGGUCAAUUGCUUCUUCAACAAGCUAGAGCCCCUGCACGACCGGAUUUACUGUGCCCUCUCCGGCUCUGCGGCUGAUGCUCAGGCCAUGGUCGAUCUGAUCAAUUACCAGCUGGAGCUCCACAGCCUGGAGACGGAGAUGCCACCGCGGGUCCUGGCUGCAGCCACGCUGGUCAAAGGCCUCAGCUACAAGCACCCGGAGCUCUCGGCCCACCUGCUGGUGGCUGGAUGGGACCCUCAGAAUGGCGGGCAGCUCCUCAAAUACGAAACACAGCUAUCAGGUCGCCCCUGGCCCUUCAUUUCAUUAGACUAG